ACUGACUCACUCCGGUCUCCUCGCGUCUGCUUACGUUUACAGUGUACCCUUGACGAUGACGAAUGUUUUCUUUUCACCCCGUGCGUACUGUAAAAUUAUUUUACACGCAGCCAAAUACCCGCAUUGUGCAAUAAAUGGCCUGCUGCUCGGCAAACAAAAGAGCAAGGACGGCAAGUCGGAUCUGUACAUCGAGGAUGCGAUACCUUUAUUCCAUAUAUGCCUACACGUUUCCCCAAUGGCGGAAAUAGCGCUUACUUUGGUGGACCAGUUAGCUGCAAGCAAAGGCCUUAUACUAACAGGUUAUUACCUGGCCAAUGAAAAUAUAAAUGAUUUAAGUACAGACAGACCAGCGCACAGAAUAGCAGAUAAAAUUGCAGAGAACUUUAAUAAUGCGCUGCUUGUAGUGGUGGAUAAUCGAGAAGUAACUCUAGGUAUGGGAUCGAGUCCAUUGAGAAUUUCACAAUUUAUAGAGGGAAAAUGGAAACCAAAGGAUAAGACAAAUAUAAUUUAUGAGGAGGACAUUGCACACACAGAUGCGAUGUAUUCGUUACUGAAGGCGGAAGAAUAUAGGAAUCUGGUUGAUUUUGACAACCACUUGGAUAACAUCGCACUUGACUGGCAAAAUCAGAAAUUAAAUAAAAUAAUCGACGAGGCUGUCGAUAAACACACAUAAAAGAUAACACUGCAAUCCACAAACACAAGAUAACAUUGCAUUCCACAAACACACACACACAUAGAUCAUACAAAGAUUGUUUUAUUUAUAUGUUAUGUUGCACUCUAUCUAUAUAUUUCAUUCACUAUAUGCAAAGUAACAAAUGUACAUAUGCUAUAGAAUUUAUAAAUGAAUAUCACCUGUUUUUAAA